AUUAUCAAAACAAUUUUAACUUGCUUUUUUCCUAUCCCAAAUACAAAACAACAUGGCGUUGCUUAAAAGCUCUUGUCCCGACUUGGAACUUAUAACUUGUGGAAAAGUUCGAGAUUUGUACCGAAUAGACGAUAAUACUUUGUUAUUUGUAGCAACAGAUAGAAUAAGCGCAUUUGACGUUAUUAUGAAAAAUGGAGUUCCAGGAAAAGGAAAAUUAUUAACACAAAUGAGUGUAUUUUGGUUUAAUUAUCUGAAGGAUAUACUGCCGAAUCAUAUUAUAACUACAGAAUUUGAUCAAAUGCCAGAAAAAGUACAAAAAUAUCGGGAUCAACUUGAAUAUCGAUGUUUACUUGUUAAAAAAUUAAAAGUUUUUUCUGUAGAAGCUAUCGUUCGUGGAUAUAUUACCGGAUCUGCAUGGUCCGAAUAUAAAAAGAAGGGAACGGUUUGUGAUAUUACUUUACCCGAAGGAUUAAAAGAAAGUCAAAGUUUUGAGAAGGCAUUAUAUACUCCUAGUACUAAAGCUGAAAUUGGUCAGCAUGAUGAAAAUAUUCAUCCUAGCAAAGUUCCUGAAAUUAUUGGAGAUAAAUAUGCAGAUCAAAUCUCAGAAAUUUCGGUAAAACUAUACACAAAGGCAAAAGAAUAUGCAUUGAGUAAAGGAAUAAUUAUUGCAGACACAAAAUUUGAAUUUGGAAGGGAUGAUACAGGAAUUCUUUAUCUUGUUGAUGAAGUAUUAACCCCAGAUUCCUCAAGGUUUUGGCUUUCCUUGAAUUAUGAAGUUGGCAAAAGUCAAGAAAGUUUUGAUAAACAAUAUUUAAGAAAUUAUUUAUUAAGUAUUGAUUUUGAUAAAAAAACUAGUAUUGAACUACCUAAUGAUAUAAUUACAAAAACCAUGGAAAGAUAUAUUGAAACUUAUAAAAUGAUAACUGAUUCUGAUCCAACUUUUUUAUGAUUUUUAUAUAUAUAAAAUAUGUAAAAGGAUUUUAUAUAAAGCUAUAGAAGUGUAAUAAAAAUUUUUU